UCUUAGCUUAGUUCUCAAGCAAAGCUUUGCUUGUGUAGCACCACAUCAUUAUUUCCUCAAUAAUUACUCCUAUAAAAAGAAAACUUUUCUCAGUAAAAUUUCCAUAUAUUUCAUAACAGUAGGCCAAUUAUUGAAUAGAACCAUUCACUAGGUUUCAAUUUUCUUGCUAUUAUAUAUUUUUGUCUGUCUAGAUUAGUCAAGGUUGAAAGUUGAGCCAUAGUUUCUCCUUUGAAUGCAGCAAAUUCUUUAAAAUUCUCUUUCUUGAAUAUUGAUCCUAGACCAUGAUUUCUCAAAUCACAUUUUUUCUAGUUAUUUUUUUUCAAAGCUAUCUAAGCCUAGCAUAUGAUCCUGAUCCAGUUCAUGACUACUGCAUACCAAGGGCUGAAUUCUCUUCAAUCUUCCUUUCUUGUAAGAAUUCAUCGUUGGUCACAGUCGAAGAUUUUAUCUAUUCAGGUAUUAAAGAUCCCGGGAACUUUAAACAUACUGGAUUUUCAUCCAUUCCAGUGAGUUCCACUGUCUUUCCUGGACUGAACACAUUAGGCAUGUCAUUUGUGCGCGCUGAUUUUGACGUUGAUGGCAUCAACGUGCCACAUUUUCAUCCGCGGGCAACUGAGACUGCAUUCGUGCUCGAGGGGAAGGUUUAUUCGGGGUUUGUUGAUUCAGGAAACAGAGUUUUUGCUAAGGUUCUUGAGAAAGGAGAAGUAAUGGUGUUUCCAAAAGGUUUAGUUCACUUCCAAAUGAAUGUUGGUGAUACCCCAGCUACUAUUUUGGGAAGUUUUAACAGCCAAAAUCCAGGAUUGGUGAAAAUCCCAUCUGCUAUUUUUGGAACAGGAAUUAAAGAGGAGCUUUUGAUAAAGGCUUUUGGAUUGAAUGAUAAGGAGAUUGCUAAAUUAAGGAAGAAGUUUGUUCCUCAAUAGCUGGGAUAGAUUAUAGGAAAAAUUGUAGUUUCUGUUAUUUGUUUCUUUCUUCUUUAUUCAAUAAUGCAACUAAAUUACAUUAGUUCCAAAAACAACUGCUGCAGACUUUUAAGGGUUGCAACUUGCAACAUAAGAAUACUGAGAAUUAGUAAAACUUUUAGAUUUCUUUAAGUUCUGAGGGCGAAUUAAGAAGCUAAUGUUCAUGUUUUGUAUCUAGGCUAAAAAAUGUCUACUAAUUGGUUAGUUUAGAAAAAUUGUUUUAGAAGAUCCCAGAAAAGAGUGAGAAAUUUAGGCAUUUCAUUCUUUUUGAACGCACUUAGAGAUCCUAUGUUGUUCGGACUCUCCAAAGAUAUCGAUAGGAUGGGUGCGUGCCGGAUCCUCCA